AUGGAGAUAUCGAAGAAAGUCCGUUUGGCUUGUAAGAUGGCUUGUCUUUGGACAGCUGUCUCCAGGCUUGUACGUCUUCCGUUCUUCCAGUCUGAUCAGAGUUCUUCCAGUCUGAUCAGCAGUUUUGCGAAGGGCGUCUUGUCGUCUCCAGGCUUUUACGUCUUCCGUUCUUCCAGGUCUGAUGCCAGUGUUGCGCGCUUUCUUUUCAGUUUCUCAAGGUGUUCAGACCAAAACAAUCCAUAG